GGUGGCAGGAGUAUGGAGCAGAAGUUGGGUAACAAGUCAACAUUGAACGCAGCUCAUUUCUCUUCCAAAUAAAAACCAUGAAAAAACUUUGGUUGAAUGCUGGCAUUGUUGGUUCGCUUUCUGCUGCAUUUGGCUCAAUUCUGUGGUCACAGAAAACAAAUGAGUCUAAUUCAAGUAGAACAUGCAGCCCCCUGGAUAGUGAACCCACCUCUCCUUAUGAACUUCAACUAGUCCAAGUCUUGUUCCGUCAUGGUGCACGGACCCCACUGAAGUCUAUUCCUAAUGUUCUGGAGGCUCAGUGGGUACCGACUCUUCUGGAGCCUCCCCCACACACCCACAUAAACUUUGUUGUAACAGAUCUCAAUGGUGGCCCCAGACCUUCUGCUCCUAUGGAAGAAAACUAUCGGAAAAAUCUCUUGACCGGUGGCUCAUUCGCUGGUCAGCUGACCACACUGGGCAUGCAACAGCUGUAUGAACUGGGCAAAAGGUUGAGGCAGCGAUACAUUGAAGACAGUCCCUUUCUCUCUCCUGCAUUUAGUCCAUCUGAAGUCUAUGUUCGUUCUACUAAUAUUUGGAGAACUAUUGAAUCUGCCAAGUGUCUGGUAGCAGGACUCUUUCAGCAAAAACAAAAAGAGAUUUUGCCAAUAUUAACCACAGAGGCUGAAGCUGAAAUACUGUACCCAAACUUCCAUGGCUGCAAGCUGCUCAAAAUUCUUGGCGGCCACCGCUGGGCAGAGUCGUCCACGCUGCCAGACAUCGCAGCCGACCUGCGGAGAAUACAGGAGGCGCUGGGCAUCGCUGCUCAGCAAGUUGACUUCAUCCUCAUUAGAGACGACAUGGUUGCCAGAGAGACCCAUGGCCUCCCCUGCCCCCCGGCAUUGGACACUUGGAGAAAUAAAGUGGAGCAGAGAGCUAUUGAUAUGAUGUGUUACAUCUAUAACCCCAGCAAAAGGGAGAGCUUGCAGCUGUGUGUAGGUCCACUGUUGCAUAUUCUGUUACUCAACUUUGAAGACAAACUGCAGGGAGCCUUACCAGAGCCGAACAGAAAGUUGUUUCUGUACUCUGUACAUGACACCACACUAAUCCCAUGUCUCAUGUCCAUGGGAAUUUUUGACAUGCGAUGGCCACCAUACGCUGCGGACAUCACCCUGGAGCUGUAUAAGCACAGACAAACCAAAGAAGCCUAUGUCAAAGUCUCAUACAUAGGCCAAGACCAGUUACUUCCUGGAUGCAAUGGAGUCUACUGCCCCCUCCAGGAAUUCAAAAAGAUUCUUUCAGUCCACUCCCUGAGCUCUGAACAUUACCAGUCACUUUGCAAUAGCACAGAACCUUUACCUAAAUAGUUCAAAUCACUCUAUUUUUUUUUUAUAACUUGUAGUCUGGACAUGCACAAAUGUUUUGCUUUAAGACCCCUUGGACAGCAAUUAUAGCAAUUAUGAAAACAUUUUACUCUAUAUCUAAAAUAUACAUUUUGUAAAAUCAGUGGUAUUGUCUCCACCAUUAUCUGUAAAUGCCUGUACUUUCAAAUGUACAUUUCAGCACUUGGGUUUUUAAUUUUCACUUGCCAUGCCCCAUUUGGCACUUUGAACUAGACCUCUGGAUAUGUGAGUCAAUUAACCAUUAAACAUUUGGUCUAUUUUUGACCAUGUUAGCUUG